GAGAAAGUCGUCCAGUAAGACGUUCGCUCUGACCCGUUACAGUGUGAUUAGAAACUAGGUUAAAGGAGGGCGACUGCUGUGUGUGUGUUUUUAACGCCGUCCCCUCCCAGUGUAAUAAUAUGUGGGACCGGGUGUCUUUGGAGUGCGAUAACUGGGACGAGGCUGAAACAGACACCGCUUAUUAGUGCAGUGUAACGGUUGCUAGUUCUGGCUAGCUAGCGAGCUCUUAGCCAAUAAGUCUCCUGUAAAAUAAGACGAGUCAAUAAGCUAAAUCCAACAAGGAGUAGCCAAAGGACCUUGAGGGGACACCAGGAUGAAAUUUGCGGAGCAUCUUUCGGCUCAUAUCACUCCGGAGUGGAGGAAACAAUACAUCCAAUAUGAGGCGUUUAAGGAGAUGCUGUAUGCGGCCCAGGAUCAGGCGCCCUCCAUAGAAGUCACAGAUGAAGACACCGUCAAACGAUAUUAUGCCAAGUUUGAAGAGAAGUUUUUCCAGACCUGUGAGAAGGAACUUGCCAAAAUCAACACUUUCUAUUCAGAGAAACUGGCGGAGGCGCAGAGGCGCUUCGCGACCCUACAGAACGAGCUGCAGUCGUCUCUGGACGCGCAGCGCGAGAGCAACGCUCCAGGCCUGCGCCGGCGUCACAAGACCGUGUUCCACCUGUCGCACGAGGAGCGCGUCAAAUACCGCAACAUCAAGGACCUGCAGCUGGCCUUCAGCGAGUUCUACCUCAGCCUCAUUCUCCUGCAGAACUACCAGAAUCUGAACUUCACCGGUUUCCGGAAGAUUCUGAAGAAGCAUGACAAGAUCCUGGAGACCUCCCGCGGUGCGGACUGGAGAGUGGCCCACGUGGAGGUGGCCCCGUUCUACACCUGCAAGAAGAUCACCCAGCUCAUCUCUGAGACUGAGGCCCUGGUGACCACGGAGCUGGAGGGAGGGGACCGGCAGAAGGCCAUGAAGAGGUUGAGAGUGCCCCCGCUGGGAGCAGCGCAGCCGGCCCCUGCCUGGACCACCUUCCGCGUGGGGCUGUUCUGCGGGGUGUUCAUGGUCCUGGCCGUGUCCUUCAUCCUCAGAGGCGCGGUGCUGACGCAGCUCGAGGACCCGGGCCGCAGCAACGUGUGGCCCCUGGUGCGCAUCUACCGCGGCGGCUUCCUGCUCAUCGAGUUCCUCUUCCUGCUGGGCAUCAACACCUACGGCUGGCGGCAGGCCGGAGUCAACCACGUGCUCAUCUUCGAGCUGAACCCCCGCAGCAACCUGUCCCACCAGCAUCUGUUUGAGAUUGCCGGGUUCCUGGGGGUUCUGUGGUGCAUCAGCAUCUUGUCCUGCCUGUACUCGGAAUACACCUACAUCCCCAUGCAGGUCAACCCGCUCAUACUCUACGGCUUCAUGCUGCUCUUCCUCAUCAACCCCUUCAAGACCGGCUACUACAAGUCCCGCUUCUGGCUGCUGAAGCUGCUGUUCCGUGUGUUCACGGCUCCCUUCCACAGGGUGGAGUUUGCAGACUUCUGGCUGGCCGACCAGCUCAACUCCCUGGUGUUUGUGCUGAUGGACCUGGAGUACCUGGUCUGCUACUACAGCUUCGAGCUCAACUGGGACACAAAGAAAGGACUGCUGUCUCACAACCGGGAUGACAUGGUGUGCCACAGUUACUCGUACGGGGUCCGUGCCAUCAUCCAGUGUCUGCCGGCCUGGUUCCGCUUCGUGCAGUGCCUGCGCCGUUACCGUGACACCAAGCGCGCCUUCCCUCACCUGGUCAACGCCGGCAAAUACUCCACCACCUUCUUCGUGGUCACGUUUGCGGCUCUCUACAGCACUCACAAAGCCCGUAACCAUGACGACGCGGAGGUCUUCUUCUACCUUCUCAUCGUCUUCUCGGUGAUCAGCUCCUGCUACACCCUGAUCUGGGACCUGAAGAUGGACUGGGGCCUGUUUGACCGCGGCGCCGGGGAGAACACCUUCCUGAGGGAGGAGAUCGUGUACCCGCAGAAAGCGUACUACUACUGCGCCAUUGUGGAAGACGUGAUCCUGCGAUUCGCCUGGACCAUCCAGCUCUCUCUCACCACCAUGAAGGUCUUCCCCUCCAUCGCUGACAUCUUAGCCACCAUCCUGGCACCCCUGGAGGUCUUCAGGCGCUUUGUGUGGAACUUCUUCCGGCUGGAGAACGAGCACCUGAACAACUGCGGCGAGUUCCGGGCGGUGAGGGACAUCUCGGUGGCUCCGCUCAACGCGGACGACCAGACCCUGCUGGAGCAGAUGAUGGACCAGGAGGACGGCGUGCGCAACCGGCAGGGCAAGAAGAGCUGGAAACGCAGCUACAGCCUGUCUCUGCGACGGCCUCUCCUGUCCUCACAAUCUAAGACCCGUGACACCAAGGUGUUGAUAGAGGACACUGACGACGAGGCGUACUCAUGAGCCUGUGGGGCCCGCUCGAUGCCUGGGGCCACACUCUCCAGCCUGCUGUCCGAACAGAGCAUCACAGAGCUGCCUCUCUGCACCUUCUGCUCACUCACACACACACACACUCACACACACAUCUCAGAUACACACAGACUCACACAUACACGUACGCGUACACACACACACACACACACACACAUCUCAGAUACACACACACUCACACACACACACACACACACACACACACAUCUCAGAUACACACACACUCACACAUACACGUACACGUACACACACACACACACACACACAUCUCAGAUACACACACACUCACACAUACACGUACACGUACACACACACACGCACACACACACACACACACACACAGACACUCACACACACAUCUCGGAUACACUCACACACGCACACACACUCACACACACACACACACACACACACACACAUAUAUCCCUUAGACACACUAACAUCAAGCACUCCCAUAGACAGACAUACACACACGCGCACACACACACACACACACACACACACUGAUGUUCAGUGCACUAACCCAGAGACACACUAACAUCUCAUAGACACAGAGGCACACACAUUGUCACAUAGAAAUGAUAAUAGUCACAGACACAAGCAGUUGUACAACCAGGCAUAUACGUAAUCUUAUUUGAUCAGACAUGUAUAUACAUAUGUACACACACUCACUGACAUACAUUUGGAAAAGCAACCCAUCCCUUGGAUUUUCCUACAACACAUUUUUUUAAUUCAACAUUUGUGCACAUUAUUUUUAUUUUUAUUUUUUCAUCUAUUUUUUUUGUUUGUAUAUUUGUUUAGGGGUUUAUCUCGCCAACUAUUUUUGAAGAUUCAUACAUAACAAGCAAAUGACUGUUUACAAACCUUUAUAUAUCUAUAUAUCAGGAUCAACAGGGAGAAGAUAUUAAUAAUCAAAAGACUAAUAUGAAUAAUAAGACAACAGAGCAUGGACUCAGAAACCAGACAAUAACCACGCCUCAUCCGGAAACCGUUUCUCACUGAUGGAUUUUUGGGAGGGUUUUCUUUGAUGUUGCUUUUUUAAUCUUGUUGAAUCAUAUCGUCUUUACGUUGUCAUGGAGUCAGUGUACAUCCCUGGAUGCACUUGCAGGAAAAGUGCGCGAAAUACCAAGCAACUAACGGGAAAAAAGCCCACACAUACUUUUCAUAGUUUAUUUCAAAUUUUUUGAUGUACAUUGUCCUAACUUUUGCUGUUUUUAUGUGUUAUUGUUAUUUAUGAAAAGGAGAAUGGCUUGAGCAUCUGUGCAAUGUGUAAGUGUUUUAAAAGGUGACAGCUGAGUUUCGGCUUUUGCUUUGCUGACUGAAGAGUGAAAGACUUUUAUCUGGGUGUUUAAAAAACCUUCAGGUGGCCCAAAUUCAGCCAUGUUCCAGAGAGCAGGCCCCGCCCAAACACCUGCCUGUCGCAGCUCUGGACCAAUGAAGGGUUCCGAGUUCAUCGCUUAAGGAAAAACUGCAUCCACCUUCUGGAAUGUUGGUCUUGCCAAAGUGAAUGUGAUGCUACCAUGGUCUAGUCAGAGAGCUGAAUAGGUGAUCAGGUUUCUUUCAGGCACCGAAAGUAGUGUUGCAGAUAAAUCGCUGAUUUGUGUAACGUUUUUCUUGCCAAAAAUGUAAUGAAAAUGUCCUUUUUGUUGUGAUAACUCUAAAUGUUAAAUUUGCUGUUGAAAAAGGCGCAUAGCCAUUGCCAUUUAGUUAAACUGAUCCUAACAUCUAUUUCACAAAGAUCGGUGUUUGUUGAAGUUGAGUUUUUGCCGUUUCAAAAUCACUUCACUUCUUUAUAUUUAUUAACGUAUGAGCCAGGGCAGCACAGUCUUGUAUAACUGUGUUUUUGUAGCCAAAACUUAAUUUUGGCAAGACGUUUUUGUAUUACUUUCUGUAUAUACAGUACAAUAUUUAGAGAUGGGUAGGUUUGCGUUACUUUGGAAGAGUAACCAGUCUAUUUUGUCAUCAGUAGAAUUGAAAACAUGAUAGUCUUAGUCAUUUUGUAUUUCUUCUGGGAAAUCUAGUUUGGACUGCCAGGCUUUUGGGUGGUAAUGAAACCUCCAUUUUAAUUAAUCUUGUGUAAUUACUCAGUGUCAAAACAAAUGGUUAAUAUGUAUGCAGAGGUGUUCUUGUCUGUAUAGCGGUCAGGUAGCUUUGUGGCCAACAUUUUUCUGCUCUGUGAAGGUCUCCUAUUUCACAGCUCUGCCGGUUUUCACAUGUUGUUUUAUCAGACUUGUACCAGGCUCUAGUAACCCUAAAUAAUGGUCACUUGCACUGAAGGUGGUUCUGCUGUUUGCAGAACAUGGACCAAUCCUGUACUAGGCCUUUGACAGUUUUUCACCAUUCAUGUCUGCCUGUCUCCUCAUCCACGCGUCAUCCAAUUUUGUCAAAUUUCGGAUGCAUUCCCUUCAUUUCGCAUUACAGCCGAUUACUCUGUCCUUUUCUGUAGAAGUUUGCCAAGGCUAACAUUCGUAUGACUGCGCUGCUUUUAUAAGACCAGGGCAUUGAAUGAAACGUACAGGACAUAUUUCUGUGUGGCGGCCGUUCGGAUCGGUCUGCUUUUCCCGUGCACCUGUCUUUGUGUGUGCAGUCCUUUUUCAGACUGUCUGAUCGACCUGGGGACCAAGAGGAGAACCCUCAUUGUGCAGACUGAGCCUGUGGCAAUGACAGGGAGGAAUAGAGACGAGUUCGAUUUUAGAUGGUGUUUCUUUAGGUUGUGUUCUGCUGAGAUACCGUGUUCUUCGUUACUCAGUCAAUGAAAGUUGAGGUCUGUUGAGUUUCCUUUGAAAUGUUUGUUUGAGGGUGAAUAUGAGUGAUUCCUGUUCUCUGUGCUGAUAAUGAUGAACAUUCUGGAAUACCCACUAAAAAGAAAUAUGACUGCAGUUUUUCACCAAAGGGAGAGGAUACUCAACUCCUGUUUUUUCCUCUCCUCCCAUGCCACCUGAAGGACAUUUAAACAUCCAGGAAUAUCCUCAAUGUCAAAUGCGUUGCUGGGCACAUAGUUGCUACAGCUGGUGUCAAAUACGUAGGUGUGUACUUGUUUGUAUUGAGGAAAAAAACACUUGAGGGCUUGGGAGUCUGUAUAUAAUAUGCCAUAUCCACUCUCCACUGCCCAAGCCUCAACGAUCAAAUCUGCUGGUCUGUCCUGACGUUUCAAGUAGCACAAUAAAUGAACAUGAUUUAAAGAGUAGAUAGUGUUUAUGAAGGUGUGAGCUCAGCGGGCCACCGUAAGGUUUGGCACACUGAGGUGGGGAACUUCAGAAUGUCUGUUUAACCGCAUAAUGAUGUUCCCCUUCCGCUCACAGUGGAUAUUUGUUUAAUAAUUGCAGUUAGUAAUUGAUGAGAUAUUUUCCUGCACAAUAAGUUUGUGAAGUGGUCAACUGUAUAUGGUAAUUUGGGAAAAUGCACUUGGCAACCUUUCUGUUGGUUUCACUGUAAGCAGAGAAAAGGGUAAUGCUGAUGAUAUAUUUCAAUUUAUCCAGGAGGUGAGGGUUUGAAUGAUUAUAUGUUAUUGUUGAUAUUAAUAUUCUACCAUGCAUGCUCAUUAAGGAGACUCUUAGAGCUAUGAAAAUUGUUAAUGGAAACGGUCACAGAAAUGUUUAGAAAUGUAAUUUAUUUGAGCAUAGAAGUGUGGUAUCUGUCCUUAUUCUCCACCUGUUGGGUGUUUGAUAAAAGUGUACAUUUUAGCAGUGGUACAUGAUACAUUGCCCCUUUUGCUUCCGUCAUAUUUAGGAGACUUACCCAGUAAACAUGACCCGUGUGGCCCUACCUCAUAUCUGCAUAACAAAGGGCCACUAAGAAUGCUUUAGCAUUAACUAUCAACAUCUGGCUUGGUCUUAUUGUGGUUUGUUCUUUGACAAAGACUGGCACUAGUUGUUGAGCUGAAGUACCGGUCGCUGGUCAUUAGCUGCUGACACACUUCCGCUCUCAUUUUUACUCAUUUUGUGUAUUCAAGCUAGGGGUUGGAAUUUGGGUAGUUUGGCUUGUAAUAGAUUUGCCACAGUUGGCUCCAGACACUGUAACGUAUGCUGGAGGUUAUUCAUUGAGACCUCCAGAAUGCCAGCAUCGGCUCCUGACUGUUAACAUGCUGUUGAAAUGUAGUGUUGCAUUACUGGACUCACAACAGCGAACUACAUUCCUCAGCGUCCAACAGUGGACCGACGGGUCAUGUUUGCAGGGUAAUCCUUCUGUUUUAUGGACGUAGGGGCCCUGUGACUUUCUCCAGCUGGAUCCACAUUUGAAUUAGAGAGCUGAAAAUGCAACUGAUGGCACAUGCACAAGUGGCCAAGGAACCUCUUAAUUUAAUACCUAUUGUCUGCAGAAAUGUGUCCUGAAUACAAGAUGCAAAUUAUUUCAUUUUUCUCACAUGUAUAUCAGGGGCUGAGAGACCGAGUUGGUUGCCCUUUGCUCUGGUUGGCAGGGGAUAUCUGAACCCUGCAGAAUGCCAAAGGUCUUUUCAAAGGGAAUCAACUCCGGUCCAUCUCUGGACUCCACUGAAAUCCCACGGCAUGGCCUAUACAGUGUCACCUCCCUGUACCUACAGCACACAGCGGGAUUUAAAGUGCACAUACAGGAAGUCAGGUGCCCUUUAAAUUGCUGUACGCAAGGGCAACAAUUGGAGGAUACCAACACAAGUAUUUUCUGUUCAUCAUCCAAUUGUUGCCGUUAAUCAAAGGCACAUCAGUGUGUGCUAUUAAUUACCUGGGCAUUUAACUGGGUUUAACACUUUAUGAAUAAAUGUCCUGUAAGCAAGUGAUGUUUUAUAAAUUAACGGGCUUUCUUUAAUCUGUCCUUCAGUUGCUCUAGUAACUGAGGGAUAGUUUUAUGUGCGCUUAGAUUCUAAAAGAUAUUAGCAGGCUGAUUCCCUUCCUGGCAUGUGCCAUUCUAAGUAAAAGAUCAAAUGUCCUCUAAUGAUCCCAUUUAAAAUUCAGAUAGUUUGAUUGAAGCAUAUUUGAAUAAUAUACCUGUCAAAACACUCUCUUGGGAGUCUUAAGAGCCAGUCUUGUAUGUGAGGAAAUUUUCAGAAAACAGCUGUGGAUUGUUAACAAGAACACCAUGCAUCAGCAAGUAGCUGUAACAAAAUAGAAAUACUUGAUACUUUAAUGUGUUUAAAUGUAUGGGCUUUUUAUUGUUUUUCAUAAAAACUGAUCCACAUCAUUCGAUUUACCGGUGAAAUUAGAUGUGGUGUGGUUGCAAAUGAUUAUGCGUGCUAUCUGAAGAGACAGGACCCGACUGUCUCUUGGAGUAGGCAGUUGGAGUUGGAGGGGGAGGGAGUGAGGUGGUCUAUAAUGCACAAGGGCCAUUCCGGGCCAACUCCAGGAGGUUUCACCACCCCACCUCUCCGAGGUUUUCCGUUUUCUGUGUGUCGGCAGAUAAUGAGAUACGAUUCUUUAAACUUUAAACGGCUCUACCUGGAAAAUGAUAAAGAAAGAUUUAAUCUGAUAAUUGCCUACCAACACACAGAAAAAAAUAUACAAAUCCAAGAUGUGCUGUGGUGCAACCUCCUGCAGUUGGCACGGAAAGGCUCACAAGCUGAAAUAAUAAUCCUCGGGUCUUCCCAUUUUCACUCGUCUCUCUGUUCCUGCUUUGAGCACACGGUGCUAUGGCUCUGGGUUCUCUGCGACUCACUGUUAGACCUCUGCUGUCUUCCCUCCAGCCCACGCCAGUCAGGAGGUGCUUAGAGAUUUGUUGUAUCAUAGCAACCGAAGCCAGAAAAGAAAAGGUACAUUCCAGUCUGCUUCUUUUGUAUUCACACCUGUCCUCAACUCAAGGACAAUGCUGUUGAUGAAAUCAAGGCUUGUGUUUAGAUUAUUUCUGUUCUUUCUCUCUUCUUGUAAUUGAAUUGGAUUUGUUUGAGCCACCGCAGAAGGAACCCCAGGGUGUUGUACAGCUGACCUCUGCCCGUUUUAUUUCUUGGAGACGAUCUGUUGGACACUUAAUUAACCCAUGCAGACAUUUUGAGCUUGCAAUCCCAACACACCGGCAAUGGCAUCUGUUAUACCCUUUGCGAGCACAAUCGUUUUCGGCUGUAACUUUGAAGGUGGGCUGGCCCUUUUCAUGGGAAGCCAGACUUUUCAGAGGAAGGUACUUGGUUCUGUGUUGCCGCCUGCUUUGUCGAUCUGUCUUUCUGUCUUGCACUCUGUGGCUAAGCUGUGUUUCAGUCAUGCAGGCACUGAGUUGGUGUCCAGUGAACAAUGUGUGUGUGUUCUUCCUUGUUGUUGGCUUUUUUUUGUUUUUGUUUUCAUUUUGCUUUGCAUUAUUAGUGCUCUUAAUGCAACAUAGUGGGGAUGAGGGACCCAACAGGUUUCUCAGUAAAAACUCAAUCAAUUCAAUUGUGUAACUUAUUUGGAAUGUAAAAACCAACUACAAGAAAAAGGAUAUACAAUGGCGUGUGCCUUUUUUAGUAGAUUUAUGUGCUGUAGUACUGAUUGUAGACAAAGAGCUGUCCUCAAUCAAGACACUAUAAUAGUAUAUAAUUGUAUUUGUCAUGUUGCUGCUUUAUGUUACCAUUUGUCAAAAUAUUUCAUGAAUACGAGCCAUUUAUUAUGGACAAUUUAACAUGUACAUCAUAGUGACUGCAAACCAACAUACAAAAGUCAUUUAUGUGCCAAGUUUUUGUAUGCUGUGUUUGUUUUUGGUCCCUGUGCAAUCUGAAAUUCUCUAAGGUGAACACCAGAACAGUCACCCUACCCCGUCACCAAAGAGCAUCCUACUGCAAGGUCGCCUUUGAUUUUCUUGUAGUUUUUGCAAUUCAGCGCCUUUUAAAAUAAGACCUUGACACCUCUUCCCCACCCAAAUGCAGGUACACACAUGCACAUUCACCCAGACUGUCCUCAGCCCCUCCCUGUCUCUGACCUGUUUUCACCCCUGACCCCACCCAGACCCAGACUGCAAGCACAAGCCCUCUAUCCCCUUUCAUCAGUUCUGUUUCUGUUGCUUUGCACUGUUGUCUUGCCUGCAUGCUGCUUUCAUUUUAAUUGUACAUAUAUUAAUUUGUUUUUCAUUACGUGGGUAAGAAUCACUAUAAUGGUAAUGAUAUCAUUUUUUUAUUAUUCUUGUUUUUAAAACAAGCAGUAUUUAGGUGAUGAGGAGCAUCUUGAUUGUUCACAAUCCUGCACUCUUUUAGUGUAAUAACUGUCCAACUGUGUACGUGUAAAAAGAAGAAAAUACAGUAAGUUAAUAUGGAAUGUGAUUGGUCUUAUGUUGUUGGUGCUUCUUUCUGAUUUUUCCUGGCUCCUUCAUCUCCAAGGCUUGUGUCUAGGGCAGGUGGAGGGAGGGGGUUAUGUGCAAACCUCAUUCUGGAAAGUGCUGACAUUUAAAAAUCAAAAAGCAGGGGAACUUCUUUUACUAUCUAUGAAUGGAAAAAAAAAAAACAAUUACAUGCAUUAUUGAGUAAAAACUGACCAAAUGAACUAUGUGCGGUCAGUGGUGGGAGAACUCUUCAAGCUUCAAGUUUGAGGGUUAUUUUGUAGAUUUUUUUUCUUUUUUGCACAAAAAGACUUGAAUGAUACAAGCCCUGAUAUCACUUUUUCUUACUGGGGGAAAGCCCCUCUGAUCUGUUGAUUAUAUUGCUUGCUAAAUCCAUGAUGUUUAGUGCUUGAUAUCUCUCUGCAUCUUUACUUCUCGAUGUUGUACUCUUUCUUUCUAAAAUAGAUGACUGUGACAAUGUUUGUAGUUAAUAGAUGGUUGUACCUAAAAAAGGUUAAAAAAAAAAAAACGUUAAAAAAAAAACUUAUGUGGUUAUGUGUUUAGAGACAUUUUUAAAAAGAAAAGUUGAAAGGAAAUGUCUUACAAUCCCCCUUUUGCAGAGUAGUUUGUACCCGUUGAGUGUAUUGCGCUGUACUAUGAUGGUUUUACUGAUGGUCUGAUUUGUAUUUCUGUAUACACUUUGGUGAUCCUGUCAUAUCUGGGUUUUAUAAACCACGCUUAUUUUUAAAGUGUA